GGGUUGGCCUGGAUGGGGCAGUGAGGAGGCCUGACCUGGACCCACACAGCCCCUGGGGUCAUCCAGUGAGCUGGGCAGAGCAGGGUCCCACCCCCUUCCAGUGUCCGCCCCAGAAUGCCCCACAGCAGCCUCCUCACAGCCCCUCCUGUGCAGAGCAGGCGAGCUCUGGGGCCUUCCUCCUUCCUCCUCUGACAGCCAGAGCUUGGGGCGCUGGGAGGCAGAGGCCGCCUUGCUGUGAGGCAUGCGGCUGGCACUGCACCUACCCAGCACCCUGGACAGCGCCUCACGCUGGGCCCCGGGAUGGCGGCCUCAGGCCUCCAUUUGGCUUCUCUGGGGUGGCCUCUGCUCUGACUUCUUUCCCUCCUCUCUCACCUCACCCUCUAAUGGCAGCCCCCCACCCAGUUCCCUCCAUUCAGCACAGAGUCACUCUUGUCUGACUCCCGGAGCCAGGUGAGGACACACGGAAAGAGGCAAGGGGGGCUACCGCUGCCAGCCUGGGCUUUUCCCCAUCGCUCACCCAGGGAGCAGGUUUGCGGGGAUCCUGGGCCCAUCCCUGGACCCUCCCGACCUGGGCCUUCCUCAGAGGGCUUUGGUGAAUUCUGCAGGGCACAACGGAAACAUGUAAGAGGUCUAGCAGAGCCCCAGGAGCAGCCAGCACGAGGAAGCAGCGACUGCCAUGGAUGAGGACCAGCUUCCAUCUCUACUGCCUAGGGAAGGCGGUGCUGCCUGGGACCCCAGCCCGGAGCCUGAGGAGGGGCCCGAGAUCCAGAAUGGAAUGGAUGCCAGUGAAAACCUGAGUAGCAGCCGCAAUAGCCCAGGGCAUGAGAUAAGGGACACCCUGGUGGACGCCGAGGAGCCCAUGAAGGGCCCGGACGUGGUCCUCCAUGGCCUCAGCCUUGGCCUCUCCCUCACCAAUGGCCUGGUCCUGGGGCCAGACUCGAACAUUCUGGAAGAUUCUACAGAGUCCAGGCCCUGGAGGGCUGUUGGGCUGGCAGAGGGGGACAGUGUCUCCAAGAGUCUCUGUCCAGACACUGAGGACUCUCAGCUGGGUCUGGGCAGCCCAGGAGAGCCGGACGUGCCUGAUGGUUUCAGUGCCACGUUCGAGAAGAUUGUGGAGUCGGAGCUGCUGCGAGGCACCCAGUACAGCAGCCUCGACUCCCUAGAUGUGCUGAGCCUCACGGAUGAGAGUGACAGCUGCGUCAGCUUCGAGGCCCCCCUGACACCCCUCAUCCAGCAGCGGGCCCGUGAUAGCCCUGAGCCAGGAGCUGCCUUGGGCAUCGGGGACGGGGGGCCUGACGGGAGCCUGGGAGCGGCCGGUGGCGAUGGGGAGCUGGGCAGCCCCCUGCGGCGCUCCAUCUCCAGCAGCCGCUCUGAGAACGUCCUGAGCCGCCUGUCUCUCACGGCCGUGCCCAAUGGCUUCCACGAAGAUGGCCCUGGAGGUCCAGGCGGGGAGGAGGAGGAGGAGGAGGAGGAGGAGGAGGAGGAGGACACGGACAAGUUGCUGAACUCAGCCAGUGACCCUAGCCUGAAGGAUGGCCUGUCGGAUUCAGACUCAGAGCUGAGCAGCUCGGAGGGGCUGGAGCCUGGCAGCACAGACCUGCUGGCCAAUGGGUGCCAGGGGGUCAGUGAAGCUGCUCGCCGGCUGGCACGCCGCCUCUAUCACCUUGAGGGCUUCCAGCGCUGUGACGUCGCCAGGCAGUUGGGCAAGAACAAUGAGUUCUGCAGGCUGGUGGCCGGGGAGUACCUCAGCUUCUUCGACUUCUCGGGCCUGACCCUGGACCGAGCGCUCAGAACCUUCCUCAAGGCCUUUCCGCUGAUGGGGGAGACGCAGGAGCGGGAGCGGGUCCUUACCCACUUCUCCCACCGGUACUGCCAGUGCAACCCUGACGACAGCACUUCGGAAGAUGGGAUCCACACGCUCACCUGUGCCCUGAUGCUGCUCAACACAGACCUGCACGGACAUGUGAACAUUGGCAAGAAGAUGUCCUGCCAGCAAUUCAUUGCCAACUUGGACCAGCUGAAUGAUGGCCAAGACUUUGCUAAAGACCUGCUGAAGACCCUUUAUAACUCCAUCAAGAAUGAGAAGCUGGAAUGGGCCAUCGAUGAGGACGAGCUGAGGAAAUCGCUGUCUGAGCUGGUGGAUGACAAGUUUGGCACAGGCACAAAGAAGGUGACACGGAUCCUGGAUGGCGGCAACCCCUUCCUGGACGUCCCGCAGGCUCUCAGCGCCACCACCUACAAGCACGGCGUGCUGACCAGGAAGACUCACGCCGGCACGGAUGGCAAGAGGACGCCCCGAGGGAGGCGUGGCUGGAAGAAAUUCUACGCGGUGCUCAAAGGGACCAUCCUGUACCUGCAGAAGGACGAAUACAGGCCUGACAAAGCUCUGUCUGAGAGUGACUUGAAGAACGCCAUCCGUGUGCACCAUGCUCUGGCCACCAGGGCCUCCGACUACAGCAAGAAGCCCAAUGUGCUCAAGCUGAAGACAGCUGACUGGAGGGUCUUCCUCUUCCAGGCUCCGAGCAAGGAGGAAAUGCUGUCCUGGAUCCUUAGGAUCAACCUGGUGGCAGCCACCUUCUCAGCCCCCGCCUUCCCGGCUGCUGUCAGCUCCAUGAAGAAGUUCUGCCGGCCCUUGCUGCCCUCCUGCACCACUCGCCUCUGUCAGGAGGAGCAGCUGCGUUCUCACGAGAGUAAGUUGAGGCAGGCGACUGCAGAGCUGGCUGAGCACCGGUGCCACCCAGCUGAGAGGGGCGUCAAGUCCAAGGAGGCGGAGGAGGACCGGCUGAAGGAGCAUUAUCUCACCUUUGAGAAAAGCCGUUAUGAGACCUAUAUCCACCUCCUGGCUAUGAAAAUCAAAGUGGGCUCAGAUGACCUCGAGCAGAUUGAGGCCCGGCUGGCCACCCUGGAAGGGGACGACCCUUCUCUCCGAAAGACACACUCAAGCCCUGCCCUCAGCCAGGGCCACGGGACUAUGACUGGCAGCAAAGCCACAAAGGAUACCACUGGGCCUGAUACUUAGCUGGCAUGGAUAGGCAGGCCCCAGAGGCAGGCAAACGUCCCCAGAGGGGUCAGCGAGCACAAUCCCAGCCAGGGGUCACGUGGACCAGCUCCAGGCAGUUGAUGGGCAGUCAGAGGGGUUUGGAGAGCCCCAUGGGCCUAGCAGACACACUGUUCAUGGCAUUGACUGUCUUGUGUCCUAGGGCUUCUCAGGGCCUCAGACCCUCUCCAGCCCUCACGUCCCUCUCCACCAUGGAGCCUCAUUUUCUAGGCCAGCUGUGCAUACUCUAGACACCAUCUCACUGGAGAAGCAGGAAGGGUGCAGGCUUCCCAGGCCGCCUUUUCUUGCAAGUUCCCCUCAUCUCCCUUGCUUGAGGGCAGGUCUUGACUCCAAGGUCUUGGACCUCCCACCCUUUAUCUUCCUUGUUCCUCGGAGUUGACCAGCAGCAGGUCUGCAGACCACCAGCACCAUCCUCUCCUCCCUCCACUAGCAGCAUCUGGAACUAUGCCCUGUUCUCCUGCCUCCCAUUGCAAUAAUCCAGGACCAGGGCCUGCUCCCUCAGUGCCACGCUGUCUGCACUCACAUGUGCAUCCACCUCACCUUCCAUCCAUUGAGGCCACUACUGCUUUCUUUUAUAUGGACAUAAAUGUAUAUAUAUAAGAAUUAUAUAUAUGUAUAUAUAUAUAAGGAACCCCUUUAAAGAUGGUUUUGGAACUGAUAUCAGAGGAUGAAAUAAGAUGAAGGAAGAGGCUAUUUCAGAACUCCGUCUGUUAGCGAGAAGGGCUGCUCUCUGGGCUUCUGGUGGCCCUGACAUUCUGGAAGGGAAGGUGGAGCUAGUGUUGACCUUUCACCCUGUUUCUACUCUUCCGGCUGACCUGUGACUAUACUGCUCUUACAGUGAUGCUUUGGAGUAAAUCGUGUAUGUGUGCCAUCCCCUCUGUCCCACAGACAUCCUGGGCUGCAAGUGGAUGGGGCUAUGGUCCUAUUUAUAUUUUGGUCCUUAUGUUGGUGCUGCCAGGUCUCUGAGCUUCAGAGGUGCCUCUUGUACAGAUCUGCUAUAGGAAUAGAAGACAUUCUGCCUUGCAAAUAGCCACUUGUCAACAAGCCCAAAGAUGUUUGGUGGGGGAAGGGUAUGGAAGCCAUUCAUUCUUGGUCUUGGGAAUAGGUGGGAUGACAAGUUGCUGAUUGUUCUGCAGGUUGUUUUUUUUUUUUCCCCACUCUUCUUGUGACUCAGAAACACGAGCUAAGGACAUGUUUGAGAAUAGAGAAAUUUGUUACGUGAUGAUCACAGACUAGCAUCUUUUAAUCCCUGCAUUCUUCAGACUGGCAAGUGGUGGGGGUGAUGACACCCUCAAUGCAGCUAUGAUGAGCAAAUCCUUUCUAUUUUUUAAAUAGAUUAUUGUAGUUUGGCCAGCAAUUUGACCUCAGUGGUAACACAUUUAGUUAAUAAGUCAACCUUGCAAUUAAGUAUGCAACAUUUACAAGUACACUUGCAUUUGAUGCAAGGGAUAUGUGAGCUUGCAGAAAAAUGUAGUGAUUUAAAUCCAGAUUCUUUAAGUUGGGUUAGCUGAAGUGUAUUUUAUAACCAAACCAUCUGGCCUCUUUGUUUUGCAGAGGGGAAGUAAAUGUUCAUUUAAAUGAAAUUGAAAGAGCAAUGUGGCAACAUAAAAGAGCUCUCUGUACUUUCUCCACUGCCUCAAAGUGGAGAAAGUUUAGGGCCAGCUUCCCACCCUCUACCUCUUGAGGGUGGGUGAGUGAAAGCAGAGGAGCAAACUCCACCUGCUGCAAACAGACGUGCUUCCCUGAACACUCCUUGUGUCUCCCAUCAGUAAAAAAAUUUUUAGUUCACUUUCUUAAUUGUAUAAUUAUUUAUUGUAAAUUAUAUACAUGUACUACUGUACUAAAAUAUUAUGUACAUUAUAAAACAUACACAAAAAUAGAAAUUUAAAAAGAUGAGAUGAAAAUAAACCUAAAUCAAAGUUCUAAUAUUUUUUUCCUGCAUUCUAAUGGACUAUCAUGUUUUCCCCACUUGUUCCUAAUAUGCCCGUUUACCAGGACCGUUCAGACCUAGGGGCUGGUAGACUACAGGUGGGAUGCAGUAAGUGGUUUGUGCCACCCGGUGGUCCAGGGAAGUGGCCUCGGGCUCAAGGAUUCCUGGGCUGACCCUUGGUGACAGUCUCGGGCCUUCAUGCUCAUUCAAUGAAGGUCAGCAGCACUGUGCAGGGUGCAGGGGAUCCUGGGGUGAGAAAAGGGUUGACCAGCAACCUGUCCACAUGUGGCUCACAGUCUGGUGCAGAUGGGGACAGGAAGUCCCCAUGAUCACCUGGGACUCUGGGAGGGCUGGGGAGAUAAGCCAGAAGCGACCUGACAGAGAGAAGAAGGAUUUGGAAGACUGGAGGAGAAGACUGUGACUCAGGAAGCUGCUGGAAGCCGCUGAGAGCUCCUGGGGGACAGGGUGGUGGUAGGGAAGUCACUUAACAGGGCUGUACCUCUUCCUCACAGAUGCCCCUAAGGCAGGAACUUGAGAGGCAGAGUGAAGGCCUUUCUGGCCACACUUGCUGGUCAUGAAAAGGUGAAUAGGUUCACCAGGAGGUCAUUCAGAAUUAUUUGGGGUCACAUAGAGGUCAAGGGGUUCAUUUGGAAUCAUGGAAGUGGUUUCUGACUGAAAAUUCAGAAGGCAACAGCAACUCAAGACCCUCAGAGGGUCAAAUCAGACACCAAGCGGUCAUCCAGAAUUAUUUGGGGUCACAGAGAGGAGUUACUGGCUCUCAGAACAUUUUAGAGCCAACAGCAAACCCUGAGCCAGUAGAGGGCUCUGGACGAGAUUAUCAGGCAGGGCUGGGAGAGGUCAGUAAUUUUCAGGUUUAUGUAGUAUUUAGUUAAUUAUUUUCCAUUGUUUCUUUGUAACAGGUCGUUUUGUCCAGCACCCCCACAAUGAAUAUGAUGACUUCUUUCUUUUCUCCACUUCCCUUUCAUCCAGUUUUGGCCACUCUGUGUGAUUCCAGAAUGCAAAGCACAGGAUACUGUCAUCAUCAUAGUCAAAUUAGACAUUACUAGGCACCCAUUAUGUGCCGAAGCAAUGCCAGGUGCUUUAUAGAUAUCAUGCCCACAGCAACCCUUUGAGGUAGGAUUUAGCAUCACCAUUUUGCAGUUGAAGAAACUGUAGCCUAGAGAAAUCACAUAGCUAAGUGAGGGGCAAAGCUGGAAUUUGAAUUCAGGUCCUGUUGAUUCCUCAGCCCUCUCAACCAGCCCUAAACCUCUCUGUCCCUCCUGCCUGUAGGUCUCUGAACUGGCCGUGCACAUCCUGGGAGCGUUUGUGCACAUAUAUCUUAGCCACCUGAGCUCUUCUGCUAGACGACUCCCCUCACGUCUGGCUGGGACCUAAUGAUUCCUGGCGCUGGGCACUGGUUUGAUAAAUUAAUCAGUGAAGGGAAUGGUUUCUUAACCCUGGACUUCCAUCCGCUUUCUUGAUGCCUGAAAUCCUGUACUCUUCAUCAGGAACUGCAGGCUUAGACAGGCCCUGGCUCUGAGGGGGUAUGAAAUUGGGAAAAGUGCAGCACCCCAUGGGCUUACAAGCUGCAGCAGCUGUGGUCCUCCUGGCAGCCACAGGUACCCAUUAUGCCAUCCUACAUGUCCAGACUUUGCCUUUGACAUGUUUGAGGCUCCAAGGGUCAUCUUGCCUCAGCUGCCCUGGUGCCAACACCACAGCCCUUCCCUCUUCACCCACCUAGGCCUGGAAACUGUUGCCUCAGUCUGCCCUGCAGCUCAGGGCAGGAACUGGGCCAGGCUUUUGAGGCUGAGCUGGAAGCAGAGUAAUUUGCCUGAGCCCCUUGGCCACAUACCUCUGCAGCAAGGGGAGACACCUGGUGGAUGUUGGAAGGGGAGAGAGGGCUGGGGCCGUCCUAGGAACUGAACCGUGAAGAUUGGAGGGUCUCUUCCUCCCAGGAGCUGUCCUGGCCACCUCCAACCUCCACACCGACAUCCAUCCAUCACCACCCCAGGUCCUCAUUCUCUCUCUUCCCUCCUGAUCUGGGGACUAGGCACACACAGUCAAACAUGCAUUAUUUCUGAUUUUAUUUAUAAUAUAAAAAUGUUCAAGUGUCAACAGUCAGGUGUUUGGACAUUUCAGGGCAGGGUACCCAUUUGUUUGUGAUUUCUUUUAAACAAUCACCUUUUUGACAAAUUAGCAGUGGACCCAGUUUUUGGGGCUGGGGAGGACAGGGCUGCAGAG